AUGAUCAAUGAAAGAACCGAAAACCGAUUAAAAUUAAGUUUGUUCAUUAUCUAUCUAUCUAUCUAUCUAUCUAUCUAUCUAUCUGUCAAAAUAACCCUUAAAAUAUAUGAAAAUAAUGCUUGUCAACUGUUUAGUGACAUCGGUCUGCAUAGCUACAAGACAAAACUUGAAAUUAUAGCAUCUAUCUAUCUAUCUAUCUAUCUAUCUAUCUAUCUAUCUAUCUAUCUAUCUAUCUAUAGGCCACAAAUAAUCUUAGAUGAAAGAAAAAUACUAGCUCUAUACGGCGGUAAAUACGAUAUCUAUCUAUCUAUCUAUCUAUCUAUCUAUCUAUCUAUCUAUCUAUCUAUCUAUUAUAUCCUAUCCUUUCCUUCUAUAUAUCAUAUCCUAUCUUCCGGUGGCUCGUUGGUGCGUGUUAAGUGCUAUUCGCGCGUCAAACCUUGGUGCGAAGAGACAUUUGUAAUGUAUCGUUAUGUCGAAAGCAGCAAACAUGACAAGUUUAAUCCUUCAGAAGUAGCCUGUUUGCAUUAA